AAGGAUACUAUAAAAGGGAUCUCUUCAAGAUUCUGAAGUUACAACAAUUUUCCCCGUCCUGUAAACCUGCGAACUUAUUAAAGAAAAAAAUAUGCAAAAACUACUGAGCGUUGUGUUUUGCUUUAUUUGUAUUACAAAUGGGUUCCUUCUCCCCUCCACCUUUGACCAGCCAAUACCCCGUAUAGUGGGGGGCGACGAUGCCCCCGAGGGUCGCGCCCCAUACCAGGCGUCGUUGAGGUCCUUGUUCAACUCGCACUUCUGCGGGGGCUCCAUCAUCAGCAGAAAAUGGGUGCUGACAGCUGCUCAUUGCACUGUGGGCCAAUCAAAGUACUCAAUGAAAGUGGUAGUAGGGACCAACAGUCUCACCCACGGCGGAGUCAAGCACUCUGUGGAUGAAAUCAAAGUCCACGAGAAGUACAACAGCGGGCUGAUCACCAAUGACGUCAGCGUGGUCAAAGUGGUCACAGAGAUCGAGUUCAAUGACCUGGUGCAGCCUAUAGCGUUGCCUGAUAAGAACACUGAAGGUGGCGCUGAUCUGGUACUGACUGGAUGGGGAAGACUGUCGUACCCUGGCAGUCUACCGGACAAACUGCAGAUCAUCGAGCUGGCCGCACUGAGCGUGGAUGACUGCCAGAAGAUAUACUUCAACGUCAACGAGGUCUUCGACAGCCAGAUCUGUUCCUUGACCAAAGCUGGUGAAGGCGCGUGCCAUGGUGAUUCCGGCGGCCCUUUGGUAGAAGAUGGCAAGGUGGUGGGGGUCGUGUCGUGGGGGGUGCCGUGUGCGAAGGGGUACCCUGACGUGUACUCCAGGGUGUUCAGCUUUAAGGACUGGAUAUUGGAGAAGACUGAAAUAUCUAGCGAACACUGAACUAACUAAAGCCAUUAGGGUUUUUAUUGUAAGGGUUUUAUUUUAAGGGUUUUUAUUGUAAUUAUCAUAUGAUUAUACUUACCUAUAUGUUACAUAGUUUAUGUAUUAGUGUAAUUAUUUGGUUGUAUAUAUUUUUUUAAUUCACACCACCCGCAUUCUUGUAUUUUCACAUUUUCCGAAAACUAAGGUUGCCUGGAGGAAAUCGCUAUGUAGCGAUAAGGCCGCCUUUGGUGUACUGCUUCUUCCUUGUAUAAAUAAAGAAUAUAAAUAAACAAAAGUAAAUAAAUGUCGUUUAAUGACUAUAUUUUGCAAUAAUAAUAAACAGUAAUUUUGCGGGCGUUCCAAAAUUGACCCAUUUCGAUAUUCUCUGCUCUAGUAUUUUUUUUUAUUAUGCUUAGAACCGUAAUUCUUUUGUGACUUAACUUUUAUAAAUUAAACAU